ACACACACACACACACACACACACACCUGUAAAUACCCUGUAACAGUUUCCUUUGUCUUGUCUCUUGUCCUUCAGAGUAAGAAACAUGCCAACAAGGUCCAUCUCUUCUACAUGCUUCACCCUGAGGAUAGAGGACCUCCCUCCAAGAGACUGAGACCUGACAACGCUGAUAGUGAGGAGAGAGCUGUGGAUGGUAACAAGUGUUGUAGUCUGUGUAACAUGUUCUUUACCUCAGCCAUAGUGGCCCAGUCCCACUACCAGGGAAAGACCCAUGCUAAGAGCGUCAAACUAGUGUUGGGCUCCUCACCUACUAUUUCUACUACCCCUACCACAGACUCCUCCCCCUGUCCAUCAGACACGCCUCCUCUGCCAAUGCCGCCUCCCCCAGCCCCUCCCAUUACCUGGCUAGUGACCAUGGCAACACAGCAUGUAGGUCGU